AUAGAAUCUCGACCGCGUAGGCUUCCGUAGGCAACAAGAGCGACGGACCUGCUCGCAGCCUCAUCCUCAGACAGCAUCAUUCCUACCAUCCUCUCCCUAAAAGCCCAGUGCGAUGACAGGAAAUCUGGAAAACCCUGGGAUUGUUUCUUCUCUGUCGGUUCGCGCAUCUUUCCGGGUGUGUUUGGGGUUUGGGGCUCAGCGUGAGGCUGCUUCCUCGGUGAGGAGGGGAGGACAUCACAGUCUGCGUGUUCACACAAAAACAACACAGAGAUCCUGAUCACAGCCACAUCUCAACCUCCUGGGUUUCGGAGGGUUUCUACAUUUUAAUAGCACGCAGAUUUACGUUUCUCUGCUGGUGUGAGAGGAGCUGUAACAGACACAUCAUCACGGUCUGUGACUACCUUCGUGGUGCAAUGAGAAAAAAAGACUUUCUAAUGGACUUCCCUGCAGAUCCUCUGUACAGAUGAAUAUUUGUGUGACCAAUCCGUUAAAUGUUUUUUCGGAGAACUUCAAUGCAAAAAAACACAUUUUUGACUAAUUGGGCUGUGUUAAAAAUGGAGUAUCCCAAAGCUUCAGCUGCCACUUGACACAUCUACAUGUCUGGAUAAGUGGAAAUGGUAAAAAUGGUGGAACUGAUAGGAGUAGAGCUUCUGCACUAGAUGCCUUUCAAAGUAUUUUGCUCCUUUGUGGUGCAAAAACAACACCUGAAGGCUAACCACAAUCAAGCCAGUCUUGAAGAGUUUAAACAUUGUGGAUGAAGCUGAAGAAGUGGUCUUCCUCUCUUCAUUGGUGACCCCAUGACUCAUACUGUAGUCAGAGUACCAACAGUCCACAUGAACCCAUACGAGAUCUAACAGCAGCUGUUAUCACGCACAGAAACCACAGGAUGAGUGUAUUCCCGUAGCUACGCCAGCGUUGCUGUGGCUGGCCGUCACAAGACGGCCAACUCCUUCUGCCAUGUCACGGUUGAUGCUGGGCCGGACUCUGGAGCGCAUCUGCAAAGGCGUCCUGCUGCUCUGCCUGCUCCACUUCCUCAUCAUGAUGAUCCUGUACUUUGACGUCUACUCGCAGCGGUUUGACAUCUUCAGCCGCUUUAAUAAUGGCAGAAAUGGGUCCAGGAAUAACAGCAGUGGAGCAGCCAGCGGGCAUCAUUUUUACUACUACAACCUCUCAAGACCCAAUGCGACUUCAGCCCCCUACCUGGCCGCAGGUGAACAGCUGGUACCGAGCUCGCAGCCUGAGAACAAUCAUACACCUUCUCCCAAACCGCUACCACCGUGUCCUGAGAACCCACCAGGCCUCGUGGGACGCUUGCUGAUAGAGUUUAGCUCCCAGAUGACGAUGGAGCGAGUGCAGAAGGAAAACCCAAACGUCACAGAGGGAGGCCGUUACAAGCCACCUGACUGCCGGCCAAGAUGGAAGCUUGAAGUAGGUGUAAAAAACGAGAUCCGUUUUUCUGCCUGCAAAGAAAUGGAGGACGCGAUGGGAGAAUUCGGGAUCGCAUCUUUGGUGAAAGAUGCUUCAACUUCGACAACCCUGGACGCUAUGGAAGACUCUGAGACUGCGCUGUCUGUGAAAGAUGCUUCAACUUCAUUGACCCCGGACUUAUGA